AUGGGGUUUCGGCUCUGUCAAAAGUACAUAAUGGCGGUCGUUGUUUCCACCGGGCUAUGUUUCUUUUUUUUAUUCAUCGCUUUCGGGAAUGAGCCCGUUCUGAGCGAAGCAAACUUUGAUGGGAAUGCCCUGAGGGUCAGAUCUCUGGGAAAUCGCUUGGUCAGUACGGAUGGCAACGAAUUCCGGAGGAUUUUAAAGGAAUUCACAGCCAAUACGACGGAAAAUGAUGUGGAAUAUAAGAAAAAUUAUGUGAAAGCAGUAGGUUAUCGCCGACAAUGUCACAAAAGAAAUUUUUUGGAUUUAUAAAAAAACGCUUUCAGAUGAUGAAAUUUGCCUGGGACAAUUAUCGGAAUUAUGCCUGGGGCGCUAACGAGUUAAAUACCGCCAAAAAGUCGGCUCAUUCUGGCUCAGUCUUUGGUGCAGCCCAUAUUGGUGCUUCUAUUGUGGAUUCUGUUGAUACGUUAUACAUGAUGGGCCUCAUGGAUGAAUUUACCGAUGCUAGAGAGUGGAUUCGGCAGAGCUUCGAUCUCAGGAAAUCGGUAAGCGCAUACUUAUCAAACCCAAUUCCUAUUUCUUUCCCUUCAGCCAUCUUCAUUGUCAGUUUUCGAGACAAAUAUCCGGUUUGUUGGAGGAUUACUGUCAGCGUAUGCGCUCAGCAAUGAUACCGUAAGUUUCGCUAUUCUUUGCCAAUCUCACAAAAAAAAAUUCUUUUCAGAUGUUCCUAAUGAAAGCUCGAGAAGUUGCCGAUCUUCUCCUGCCCGCCUUCGACACUCCAACUGGGAUUCCAUUGGCUUUAGUCAACAUGAACAGCGGCCGAGCGGCCAAUUGGGGAUGGGCAUCGGGCGGAUGCUCCAUCCUCUCCGAAUUGGGAUCAUUGGAAUUGGAAUUCAAUUAUCUGAGCAAAGUUACGGGUUCAGAUCUCUAUCAGAAGAAAGUUAAACGGGUCCGAGAAGUGAUGGAUCAAGUGGAGAAGCCGGACGGGCUUUAUUCCAAUUAUAUCAACCCCAAAACUGGAAGAUUCUGUCUAAGUAGGGUCUAGUAUAAUUCGUCUAGUAUAAUAUUUGAAAAUUAAUCGAAUUCUCAGAGCAGUUUACAAAAUUUGCAAUUUCAGAACACGUAUCAAUUGGUGCCUUAGGCGACAGUUACUACGAAUAUUUGCUCAAAGUCUGGCUUCAGACCGAUCGUCAGGAUUCAGACGCCAAAAGGAUGUAUGAUCAAGCCAUGGCCGCGUUAGAGAGUAAACUACUCUUUACUUCCAAACCAAGUGGCCUCAAAUACUUUGCGGAUCUCCGCGGAAAUCGAGUGGAACAUAAAAUGGAUCAUCUGGCCUGUUUCUCGGCAGGAAUGUAUGCUCUACAAUCGAAAUAUGAGACGGAUUUGGAGAAGAAAAUGCAUGCGUUGGAAGUAGGAAAGGAGUUGGGGAAAACUUGCCAUGAAAGCUAUAUUAGGACAAGUGAGCAGUCGUAAUGUUGUUGAGGAAAUGGCCAUUGCAAUCAUUUUUAAAUUUCAUAUGAAUCAAACGCAUUUCAGCAACCGGAAUUGGCCCGGAAGCCUUCCGUUUCACCCCAGAUGUGGAAGCCCAAGCUGUCCGCGAUGGCGAAAGGUAUUACAUUCUUCGCCCUGAGGUCGUUGAGGGCUGGUUCUUCCUGUGGCGUGCCACUCAUGAUCAACGCUAUAGAGAUUGGUGCUGGGCCGCAGUCCAAGCGAUUGAUCGUCAUUGCCGCGUCGAAGGCGGCUUUUCCGGUGUGCGGAACGUCGAUAAAGUACCGGUAGUGCAUGAUGAUGUGCAGCAGAGCUUCAUCUUGGCCGAGACCUUGAAAUAUUUGUACUUGGUGUUUGAGGAUGACAGUGUGAUAGAUCUGGAUAACUGGGUCUUCAACACGGAAGCCCACCCAUUCCCGGUUAUGAAAAGUUAG